AAUUUUAUAUUAUAGUAAAAAUAUAAACAAACAAAAACGAUAAAGAGCAAUGCACUUUUUGCAUUUAAUAUUAACAAUAUUUUUAAUUAUUUCCAAAAAUUCUGCCACCACAAACAAUCCCGAAAGUUUAGACAAUACACAAUGUGCAAUAGAAAACAAAAAUGAUUGCCAAAAUGAAGAAAACUUUCCAUCGCAAAACGAAAGAUACAAAGAAGUAAAUAAUGCAAUAUUUCAAGCUGUUAGAAAAGCCCAAAAAAAGUAUCGUCCUUGUACCACAAAUACUGAUGAUGACAAUUGCGAGUGUCAUGUCGAUGUAAUACGCAAAGAUUUGGCCCAAUUUAGGGAAAGGGGCAUCACAAAACAAAUGACCAAAGAGGCUGCCAAUUAUGGUACGCAUUAUAAAAUCUAUAAACAUAAGCUGUAUAGACAUGCCAAUUGUAUGUUUCCCUCCAGAUGUGAGGGCGUUGAACAUUUUAUUUUAAAACUAUUGCCAAAAUUACCUGACAUGGAUUUUAUUCUUAAUACACGUGAUUAUCCUCAAGUACAUUCCAAAUUUGGCAACCAAAUGAGACCUGUAUUUUCAUUUUCAAAGACGGUCGACUACUUGGAUAUAAUGUAUCCUGCCUGGACGUUUUGGGCUGGAGGACCUGCAAUAUCACUCCAUCCUACUGGUAUAGGAAGAUGGGAUUUGCAUAGAGAGAAAAUCAUCGCAGCUGCCGAAAAACUAGAAUGGAGCUCAAAGGAAUCUAAAGCAUUUUUUAGAGGCUCACGCACAUCUGAUGAAAGGGAUUCUUUAGUUUUACUCUCAAGACGUAAGCCUAACUUGGUUGAUGCACAGUAUACUAAAAACCAAGCAUGGAAAUCACCUAAAGACACUUUAAAUGCUGAGCCGGCUAAAGAAGUUUCUUUUGAGGAACAUUGUCGUUUUAAAUAUCUUUUUAAUUUUAGAGGAGUAGCGGCUAGUUUCCGUUUUAAGCAUUUAUUCCUUUGUAAAUCGUUGGUUUUUCAUGUAGGCGAUGAAUGGCUGGAAUUUUUCUAUCCUUCUAUGAAACCUUGGAUACAUUAUGUGCCUCUUAAAAAAUAUCCUAAAGAAAAGGAUAUUGAAGAUAUACUACAAUUUUUUCAGGAGCAUGACGAUUUAGCUAAAGAAAUAGCUAAUAAUGGUUUUGAAUUCAUUUUACAGCACUUAAGAAUGCAAGAUGUUGAAUGUUAUUGGAGAAGGUUAUUAAAGAAUUAUGCCAAAAUUUUGAAAUAUAAGGUUGAAGAGGAUAAUAGUUUGAUAGAAAUUAAAGAAAAAUUUAAAAAGUAAAAUAAAUAAAAUUUUAAAUAUAUAAUAAAGAA